UCCCUCUCUUUAUUUGUCAUCCAGCCAAUACAUGUUGGGCCACCUUCACCAGCACAACAAUAAAUUUAUAUCUCUCUCAUCUCUCUCUCUCUCUCUCUCUCCCUCUCUCUCACACACACACACCCACUUCUCUGUUUAUGAUUGAGCUAUGUUUUCCCCCCACUUCAUCUGGGGUAGGCUGAUAUGAGUUUUUCAUCGAAUUUUUGUGUAGUUUGGAUGAUAAUAUCGAUGUUUUAGUUUCUUGUGUUGGGGGUAACGAACCGUGCUUAGAGUUUGCUAAUUUAAAGAGGGAUCAGACCAUGAGUUUCAGUUGUUUUGGUGCAUUUUAUUCGCAAAAAGCAAAGAGCAGAGAGCAAGAAGAAGAAAUUGGUACCAACAGUGUCAAGCUUUUCUCCCAUAAUUCGUUAAGAUCAGCAACAAGUCACUUCCAUCCAUCAAACAAAAUAGGCGGGGGUGGUUUUGGAGUUGUCUACAGGGGCAUUUUGAGAGAUGGCACUCGUGUUGCUAUCAAGUUACUUUCUUCUGAAUCAAAACAAGGCACCAAAGAAUUCUUGACAGAGAUUAAUAUGAUAUCAACCGCCAGACAUUCAAACCUUGUCCAACUGAUUGGUUGUUGUGUAGAGGAUAGAAAGCGGAUCUUGUUGUAUGAAUAUCUGGAGAACAACAGCCUUGCCAGCGUUUUACUACGUUCAAAAAGUAAAGGAGUUCACCUGGAUUGGCCUAAGAGGGUUGUUAUCUGUAUCGGUACAGCUUCUGGUCUAGCAUAUCUUCAUGAAGAAGCUAAACCACAUAUUGUUCACCGAGAUAUUAAAGCCAGCAAUAUACUUCUGGAUGAAAAUUUUCAUCCUAAGAUAGGAGAUUUUGGGCUGGCAAAACUUUUUCCCGACAAUGUCACUCAUAUUAGCACUAGAGUCGCUGGAACUGUGGGAUACCUGGCUCCUGAAUAUGCAUUGUUAGGUCAACUUACAAAGAAGGCAGAUGUAUAUAGUUUUGGUGUGCUUUUACUUGAGAUUAUUAGUGGGAAAAGUAGUAGCAUGGCUGCAUUUGGAGAGGAUCUGUUGGUUCUGGUGGAAUGGGCAUGGCAGCUUAAAGAACAAGAAAGGCUUCUAGAUUUGGUCGACCCUGAACUUACUGAAUAUCCAGCAAAUGAAAUGUUGCGGUUCAUUAAGGUAGGACUCUUUUGUACUCAAGCAGCUUCAAAGCAAAGACCUACCAUGAAGCAAGUACUGGAUAUGCUUUCAAAAGAGGUCAACCUAAAUGAAAAAUUAUUGACCGAACCUGGUGUAUAUAGGCAUUACAGCUCUCAAAGAUCAGGUGGUGGUAAGUCAUCUUCCCUGGUAAUCAAGGGCAAGCAGCACAGGGAUCUUUCCGUAAGUUCAAACCAGUUGAAUAGCUUUCAGAGCAUGACAAAUAUACUUCCAAGAUAAGUUAUAUACCCCUUACAUGCGAAUGAGUUGUGUUAUAAAAAAAUUACAAUAUUGAAGGCAACAUGAAAUGUGUCUAAGCUCAUAGCUGCAGACUAAAAUCUUCAUAGCAUAUAUGACUGAGUGCAAAUGUUUUGUUCA